AUGGCGACCAAUAUGAGCUCUGAAGGAAGCUGGUUGGAGCAUGCGAGCCAGACGGCGUCGCCCGUCGCUGCCCCCCCCGCUGGCGCACAUUUGGCUUCUGCAGAGGCCCUGGAAGAGGCAAGGUCCGGCGGCGUGGCUGUCGGCGAAGGCGCUGUGGACGGGGGAGAGCCUCUCACGCCUUGUGCGGAGGCUCCGAGCAGCCCGUCGGGAGGCGGAUGCAGAGGGUCGGUGAUGAAGAUUGAACAUAAGUGGACGCAGGUCCUCGGCGAAGAGGCCGCUGCGGCCGCGGCGCCCCUCUCUCCUCCGCUUCCUGCUGCCUGUGGGUCCGUCGCUGACUGCGUGGGAGACGCCGCCGCCAGAGGGUCUGGCUGCCGCCCCUGCUCGGAGGCCGCGAGUCAGGUCGCGCCGAUGCGGCCGGUGCGCCUGUGUGAGCAGUUGGGCUACGAAGUCCGCCAGAUCUGCAGAGGGAGGUGCUUUGAUUUUUCGCUGCGUUGGCAUGACUGGCGCCAGGUGUUUGGUUGCAGCCGCUUCGAGCUCCUCGAUCCCCUCACGGUGCUCCUGCUUCGUCUGGUCCUGGCAGUAGCCACGAUAGGUAUUUCGGUGUGGAACAACUUUUUGUCACCGUUUCCCCCCGCGUACUUCACCUCUUGGACGAACUUUUUGGCGGCGCUGCAUGCUACAGUCGCUACGGUGUGCAGCAUCGUGGCGCUGCACUCGAUGUUGCGCCUGGCGCGCAUGAGGCGAGCGAGUGCUCACAAGACGUUGGCGGGCGCCGGCGCGGGGGAAGAAGGCGAGACGGAGUCCUUCACGACGCAGCAGGUGCGCGAGCGUCUGGGUUCAGUGGAGAACGCGCCGUGGUGGAAACGGCUCGUUUCUCUCCGCAGGCGGGCGCGAGAGGCUUACGCAGCCCUGCUGAGCAGGCCGGAGAUCUGUGACGGCGCCGAGCGGAGCCACCCUGCCUGUGAACCCUGCUGGAAGGCGUCUGCGCAGCCGGCGUUCGAGUCAAAGACCGCCGAGGAGAAGACGGGCGUCCGGGUCGCCCUUGUGCAUCCCGCUGCGCACGACUCGCCUCAGUUUGCCGGCAACCCCAGCACCGUUGACCAGCUGUCGACAGACUGUUCCACCCUCGGGAAGAUGCUCGGGGGCUCGCCCACUGAGGCGCUACUUGCGUACCCGGGGAAGGCUGAGGAGCAGGCGAAGGAGGGCGGACUCGGCGUCGAAUUUGUUGGGUGCGGUGAGGCGCACGAUGAAGCGACGUGCAUGGUGGAGGACCCUGGAAGGGAGUGUGCUGCGGUUGUGGCGCUUGAGACGAUGGAGGAAGCGGGAGCCGCUGUUCUGAGCGGUGGAAAGGGAGUCAGGGGGGGAGAAGAGGGAAAGAACGUGUCGCUUUCGUUCGGAAAGCGGCUGCUGUAUUUUUUCCUGUUUGCCGUGUGGGAUAUUGCAACCACAGCGACUGUUGUGUGCAUCAUCGUGUUUUGGGGCGUCCUCGUUCCCUGCGGGCAGCGCGUGAAUACGGCGCUCGACGUCCUGGAGCACUCGGUGUGUCUGAUUUCCGCCUUAUUCAUCACGUUCACCGGAAGAGUUCCGUUUCUCUUCUACCACUUGUGGGUCCUCUUCCUCGUCAGCCUCGCCUACUGCGCGAUGUCCCUCGUCGUGUACCUGGUGCCGCUGACAGUCGGCGACAAAACCGGCUACGUCUACAGCGUCUUCAACUUCCCUGCCAAUCCUGCGCUCGCCUGGCCGUCCUUCGUCUUCGGACUCACUGUCGGCGGGACCGCUGGAGCUUUCAUCGUGUGGCUGGUCUGCUGGAGAGUCAAUCUCCUCUUUGAUCCAGCGCGGAGGCAGGCUGCGCUGCGCCCGCGGGUGCGCACGCCGUCGGCCGCGUAG